CACAAAAACAGGAUCUGAGAACAAUUCUGCCACAGAAGCUGGUGUGAGAGUCACUAAAAGGACCAAGGACAACACACACAUACACUCUCUCUCACACACACACACAGUAUACAGACACUCACUUAUUCACACCACAGGAUUCCAUUCACCUCCAGGACAAAGGACAAAGUCAGGACAAUGGACUUUAAUGACUCAGAAAUAUACUUGAGCAAUGAUACUACAGAAAACACAAGCACCCUGGACUACAGUGGCUACUACGCUGAAUUGGAAACAGAAGCAGACUCUGGACCAUGCCCAACUAAUAGCUUGAAGGACUUCAGCCAAGUCUUCUUGCCCACGCUCUACAGCCUUGUCUUCGUGGUGGGGUUACUGGGCAACGGACUGGUGGUGUGCGUCCUGCUGUGGUUCCGCCGUAAGUGCAACCUGACGGACAUCUGCCUGCUGAACCUGGCGCUGUCCGACCUGCUGUUCGUCUUCUCACUGCCGUUCUGGGCCCGCUACGCCGCCCUCGGCCACUGGCCCUGGGAUGACACCGUGUGCCGCCUGGUCACCUUCCUCUAUACGCUGGGUUUCUAUGCCAGCACUGGCUUUAUGGUCGUCAUGACGCUGGACCGCUACCUGCUGAUCGUCCACUCUCCGUCCAUCACUGUGUGGCGCACGCUGCGUGUCGGCAUGGUCCUGAUCGGAGCGGUGUGGGCCUUGAGCCUGGUGGCCUCCCUGCCAAACGUCAUCUUUGUGGACGUCAACGGGACCGGGGAAGCACACACGUGCGCCUUGGAGAUGUCCGCGGGCUCUGCGUGGCGGUCUUUUGAGUUCCUAGAGAUGAACGUCUUAGGUUUGGUCGUGCCACUCUCCAUCAUGGUGUUCUGCUACGCGAGGAUCAUCCCCACCCUCAUCAACUUGAAGACGCAUCGAAAGCACAAGGCCAUCAAGCUCAUCUUGGCCAUCCUCAUCACCUUCUUCCUCUUCUGGACCCCUUACCACGUGGUCAUCUUCCUGCACAUGUUGAAGCAGCAUGGCUACUUCCUGGACUGCCACCAGAUGCACCGCCUCGAUUUGGCCAUGAAGUGGACGGAGACUAUUGCCUAUACCCACUGCUGUCUCAACCCCAUCAUUUACGCCUUCGCCGGGGAGAAGUUCUGCCGGCUGGUGGUCAAGAUGCUUAGCCAGUGGCUGCCUCUGUCCUCCAUUUCUAGGGAGUUCUCUGAACGCCGGAGCUCUGUCUACUCACGGUCAUCAGAGAUUACCAGCACCAAACUGAUAUGAACCACCCUGGUACACCCACACAGGGUUUCAAAAAGACACUGCCUUUCUACCAUGUCUAGCAGCCCUUUGAUGAGUAAAACUAAAAGUUCAAAUAGAUUAGUAGACUUCCAGUAACUAAAGUUUCACUUAGCAUGUAUGAUACAGUGAUGAAUUUAUUGUAUCCUAGAGUUGUGUGGCAAGUUUUCACAAUGACUAACAACAAAUCAUUCGCAAACAACAGUCAUGAUGACUCAAACAGCAGCUAUCUAGGACCACAGAAUGAGAAUUCCAUGCAGCAUGUAAGAGAGGCCUUUCUCCUGGAUCAAAUAAACCCACUGAGCAGUCUGACUGGGAGAUCUCAUCAUGCCUCAUCAAUAAUAGCUUUCUAAUGCUGGUAAUGUGUUUGACACAUAUUCCCUCCUGACUUUUAAAUUGGUUACACUUCAAGAUAGCUUGAUACAUAGAGUCCAUGUUAAUGCCACUGCUUUGUAGAACCAGUAGUGACUAGGUCAAAAUCUUUGCCAAUGAUGCAUUGUACAGCAUGCUUUAGCAGGAACCUCUACAUUACUCAUUCAGUUCCCAUGCGAGUCCUAUGUUCAGAUUUGACCUGAACAUAAUAGGAAAGGUCAUUUGUGUUAAAGGGACACCAGGCAAGCCUGAUGCCUUUUCUCUACGAAACUCCCCCUCGCUCGGUCUGAAGCUCUUUUCCUUUUCUUUGCGUCUU